GCUGCACAUAAGGCUCAACGGGUAUACGGUAUACCUAUGAAGUAUUGAAGUGCUACGUGCACAUUCUCUAGAGAUAAAGGAUACCUGCCCAAGCGUUUAGCUACUAUUUAUCAUAGACCAUGUUCUUUGACUUCAUGUAUGUACAUGACAUGAACUAAGCUGUCUACUUGUAAUUACUCUGAAGCGUUGAAUGCAACGACACAGUGAAGAUAUGGAUGCUUGGAAACCCAUUUCCCCAUUGUUCCAUGCCAUCCAACCUUUCACCAGACAUGCCACAGAUACACCUUGGCCCCAAAAGAUCUGGUGGAUUCUCAUCCCUCUAGCAUCCAUCAUCACCGUGCUAAGACUCGCCGCAAGAAUAAUUCGCAAUUUUAGUUUCAGCCGCUUUGCGAAAGCCAGGGGAUGCGUGCCGCCUCUGGUCGUAGCGAACCCCUUCCCCCUGCCAUGGAGUCUGGGGCGGAAGUACGAAGUCUACAAGGCCUCGGUCGGCGGCGACCUGUUCGAGGGCCACUUUCAGCGGAAGUAUAAGAAGUACGGCAACACGCAUGCCAUCGUGUCUCCCGUGCUCGGGACGCAGAAGGGGAUCAAUACGGUGGAGCCGGAGAACUUCAAGACCGUGUUGGCGACCCGUUUUGAAGAUUACAAGAGGCCGGCCUGGAGGUCGUUGGCUGCGCAGCCUAUGCUUCUUCCGGGUCUCUUUACGACUGACGGACCGGUCUGGGCCCAUUGGAGGGCCAUGGUAAAGCCCCAGUUCACGCGCAAAAAGUUCGACGAGAACGUCGCCAACAGCGAAAGACACAUGCAACUCGUGUUCACAGCCCUAGGUAAUCCAGGGGCCAACGGCUGGACAGACGAUAUAGAUCUUCUAGUAGAUCAUCUUUACCGACUAACGAUGGACACCGCAACCCAAUUCCUCUUCGGCGCCUCAGCAGAAACGCAAACCGCAGCGCUAGUCCGCGCCGGCAAGAUCCCCGCCGACACAUACGUCAAGUCGCUGCUCGACGGGUUCGACGAGAAGUUCCUGCAGGCAGCGGGCUACGUGGGCCACCGCAUCAAGCUGUCGACCAUGUACUGGAUCUACGACGGCGCCGCCUUCCGCGAGGCCUGUCGCGAGCUGUACGCCAUGGUCGACGCGUACAUCACCGACGUCCGCUCCCAAUCCGCAGCCCGAGGGCUGGAGGAUGGGAAAGAGCACUCGAACUUGAUCGAGGAGAUGGAAGCGCAGGGCGCGUCGCAGCGCGACAUGGUGAACCAGACGAUGCACCUGCUGGUCGCGGGGAUGGACACCUCGGCCGGGGCGCUGGGCUGGACGUUUAGCAUGCUCGCCGCGAACCCGGCCAUCUACCGGACGCUCCGCGAGGCCGUCGUCGCGAAGUUCGGCACGGAAGGGAAUCGCCUGGAGCCGUUCACGCUGGAGACGCUGAAGAGCUGCGCGUAUCUGCAGUGGGUGAUCCUGGAGACGCUGCGGCUGUUCCCCGCGGGCCCGAUCAAUGUCCGCGUCGCCGUGCGAGACACGGUGCUACCCGUGGGCGGGGGGCCGGACGGCAAGAGCCCGGUGGCGGUUAGGAAGGGGGCGAGGGUGCAGCUGGGCACGUACUACACGCAUCGGAGGAAGGAUCUGUGGGGGGAGGAUGCGGAUGAGUAUCGUCCGGAGAGGUGGAAUGGGAGGAGGAAGGGCUGGGACUAUACGCCGUUUAGUGGCGGUCCGCAGGUUUGCAUUGGGCAGGGUUACUCGAUGACGCAGGUGUCGUACGCGAUCGCGAGGUUUGUCAUGCACUUUGACGAAUUGCAGCCGUCUCCGGGAAGCAACAAUGGGAAACGGUCGUGGAUGACGGUGUUGAUGCCGGGUGAUGGAGUCAAAGUUCGGAUGCACGUAAACCAAAGCUAA